CCGGACUCUGGACCGUAUCUGGACUGUCUCCGGACUCCUGGACCCGGACCCGAACCCCGGACCGCCUCCCGGUGCGCCACAUGCCAUGAGCAGGUCUGCUGUAGACCAGAUCCUGGGGCUCCCUUGAUCAGCAGGACCAGGAUCUGGGGAUCCAGCAGGACCAGGGUCUGGGCCACCCAGGAUCCAGCAGGACCGGGAUCUGGGCCACGCACGGUCCUAUGAGGUUCUGGAGCGCGCAGCGGGGCAGCACCGGGGGGUUGUGGUUCUGCAGCACCGGGGGGUUGUGGUUCUGCAGCACCGGGGGGUUGUGGUUCUGCAGCACCGGGGGGUUCUGAGCCUCUGAGCCGCGGGACCGGGUCCGAGCCAAGUCGAUGUGGAUUCUUUGGAGCUUUCUCAGCAAAGGAACGCAUAUGCUGCAGUGUCUUUGUGGCAAGAGUCUCAAGAAAAACAAGAAUCCCAGUGAUCCCCAGCUCAAGGGUAUAGUGACCAGGUUAUACUGCAGGCAGGGAUUCUACUUGCAAAUGAACCCCGACGGCUCUCUUGAUGGGACAAAGGAUGACAGCAGUAAUUCUUCUUUGUUUAACCUUAUUCCUGUGGGCCUCCGAGUCGUCGCCAUCCAGUCAGUGAAGACAGGGCUGUACACCGCCAUGAACGGGGAGGGCCAUCUCUACACAUCAGAACUCUUCACUGCAGAAUGCAAGUUCAAGGAGUCGGUGUUCGAGAACUACUACGUGAUCUACUCGUCCAUGUUGUACCGGCAGCAGGAGUCGGGGAGAGCGUGGUUCCUCGGGCUCAAUAAGGACGGCCAAGCCAUGAAGGGGAACCGGGUGAAGAAAACCAAACCAGCUGCUCACUUCCUGCCCAAGCCAUUAGAAGUUGCGAUGUACCGAGAGCCGUCGCUGCACGACGUUGGGGAGACGGUCGCCAAGGCGGCGGCUGCUCCGAGCAAAAGCACAAGCGAACCGGCCGUGAUGAACGGAGGCAAACCAGUCAGCAAGCCGGACAAGCCGCCCACAUAGUGUGUGAGGGUGUGUGAGUGUGUGUGUGUUUGAGUUAGUGUGUGAGUGUGUGUGUAGGGGAGGAAUCCAACAGGGACGGGACUUUAUUGAACUGAACUUGAUUCUGUAUUCGGUGGAUAACAUCCAAACCCCCCACCCCCCCUCCCUGUCCGGGGGGGCGGGGACCUCUGAUCAUGGAAUGAUGUCACAGGAAUAUCACUGGUUUCACAAAGACACUUCCUGCCCCCCCACCCCCCUGACUUCCUGUUCCAGCAGCAUCGGUGGACCUCCAGAUCUAUUUUCGAUACCACAGUUCACCAGCUCCGUUCUGGGAUAGAGACUGUAUAGAUAGAGCAAAUAUUUGGACUAUUGUCCUAUAUUUUUUACAUGUACGUUCCCUUCUCCUCCUCUUUCUAUCUCUAGCUACACGACAUUCUCUUCGUCAAAGCGACGCGGAGAAGAGGAACCCGUUUUACAAAGCGAGUCGUGUGAUUUUCUAAGAAACACAUCACUGCAGAUGUUGCAUAAAAGGCAAAAAAUAUAUAUAAAUCGAUAUAAAACAGUCCAAAAUGUACUUUUCUGCCUUCAACGCGCAAACACACACCUGAUUAACAAAGAAACGUCACACAAAGUUUAUGUUAAGUUUUAUUUACAGCCCAUAUAAACACCAGAGAAAGACGGAUCGCUCCUGCAAUCAGAGUUGAUGAAGUGCUAAUUAGCGCCGCCGCGAUCGAUGCGAGGAGCUCCCUCCGCACGAGCAGCUGGACCGGUGGAUCGAUACCCGGGUCCCGGCGGGGCGUCGCUCCGCCUCCUCUGGUCCACGCACAGGCCGACUGUUUUAGGAGCUUUGACACCUGUGGCCCGUUUGGAGAAGUUGUCCCGAAACAGGGAGCGUUUCCACCUAAAGAUCGAUUGGUUUGGUACAUGUGGACACGGCAAUGGGAUGCAAAACAAGCGAGCCGAGGUCCUAGGAGAGGAGGUCUAGGCCUAGGAGAGGUGGUCUAGGAGAGGUGGUCUAGGUCUAGGAGAAGUGGUUUAGGUCUAGGAGAGGAGGUCUAGGUCUAGGAGAGGUGGUCUAGGUCUAGGAGAGAUCGUCUAGGAGAGGAAAUGUCAUGCGCCAACCAACUGUUCUCUCAUUUGUCAGAAAUUAAGGAAGGAGUUUCCUCUUCCGUACCCCUGGAAAAACUAGGGUUAGGGUUAGGGUUAGGAUAAACUAUGGAGCAUCGUAAGCGAGUGUUGAACCAGUUAUGAGUGAGUUGUGUCGGUUGCUGUGUCGAUUCUGUUCCCACUGCAAACGAACCGCUCCAGGUCUGGAAUGGAAGCGAGCCGAGAACCGAACCCUAACCUGUUGCUACUCCUGUCAAAGUCGUCUAAAACGCCUAUCCAAGGCAAACCCAAAGUCAAUUGAAAGCUGUUCUUGAACCGUUGGAAGUACAUGGAUGGUUUUGGUCUCUUUUGGAAGGUAACACUCUGAGGUUUCCCCCCCAACAGAAUCACUGUAAGUGCUACUAGCAUUGAGUAAUCUAAGUUUGAACACACUGAAAUAGAAGGUUUUUAUUUCAGACGGAAAUUUGUUUUGUAAUCAGAUGUCUGCAGAUGAAUCUGUGACUUAUUAGCUGGGAAACACACUGAGACCACAGCAUGAAACCUUAUCUAGUGCAAUUUCAAAUUUGAUAACAAUACCACAAAAAAUUUGUAUUUUACACAUGUUCUUGUAACAUUAUGUCUAAACCUUUCCAAAAAUGGCCAUUUGGAGAUGCCAAAAAUAAACUUGGAUAAACAUGGGCAUAACUCUUGAACCUUUCAACAUACAGUCAUAAUUUUGGCCUCUAAUGAAAGCUGACACUUAGAGGUAUCCUAUCAUAUCCAGAUUCACUAUCAAUAUUGCUGAAAUAUAUAUAAA